UGAUUAGUACACAGUGGGUCAAGCAGUAUAACCUCAAACCUGUAUGAAUCCUGAUGGAUUUGUGAUGGAUAUUGUGCGACGCAAAGUUAAUAAAUAAACGGAUACAUUCGCCGUCAAAAUCAAGCCGAACAUCGAUCUGAAUUAGAUUUCGGGUUUCGUGACCUUUUAACAGUUUUCGAGCCCACAAGAAUGUUAUAGGAAGGCACCUGCUGUCACAUUGAUGUAACAUCGUUAUUCCUGUUACGCCGCUGAUAAACGGGAACACCCUCCCUCUCUCUCUCUCUCCCUUUCUAAAUGAAAAAAUGUCAGCUCUACUCUUUUACACGUCAUUCUAUUUUCUGAUGUCCGGAUGUAUCGUCUACCCGCCGACGGAAUUCGUCUCGGCGGGCUUGACCGUCAAGGACGUCUUUGCGAAUUGGCUCGGUAGUGAGAACGAGUUUUUCAUACAGUAUCACAUUAGGAGGAGCAUAGCCACGCUAUUCCUACACUCCGCGCUACCUUUGGGCUACGUUCUUGGAUUGCUCUUCUUCGGACAUGUCGACGCCGGGAAACUGUUACUAGCCGAUGGAAAUUACCUCGGACCGUUGGUCGUCCUUUGCGUCACAAUCGCUCCGCUUUACAUGCUGAACAAGGUCCUCGAGUGGUCCGCCCACGAUUGGGCCACGCAUCCGAUAGCGCAAAAUCUAUCUGUGUACAGUAACAAUAACACGCCGUGGACGGCUGUCGCGUCGGACAUUAACACAGAAUACCGAAGAAUAGAUAAAAUUGUUAUUGUCACAAAUAGCGUAACUCGUGUCGUAGCGACGGACAAUUGGAUUAUUAAGAUCACGCCUUAUAAGUUGCAAGUGGCGCAUCAGAGCGACGCGACCCUGGUCGUGAAUAAGAGCGACGUUCAUUACAUGUCGCCCACAACGAGAGAUCAGGUUCAGUUCAUCAAUAUACAGGUGAAACCCAUGCGAGCUAUGGCGCAGGAGUUCGACAUAAGAUUGAAUGCGUUGGAUUUCAAGGAUCUGCAGGACCGAGUUUCACGGCCGAUCGCUGUACUGCAGAAUAUAACGUUCCACAGAACUUUACUCGACAGAUUUAUCGACACUUUCAAGGAGGAGGUCGAUAAAAACCCGUUCUACGAUACUGCCGAGGAGCUAGGUCAAUGCAUCGGAUGUAUGCAAGCGCUGUCGAAUGUAAAGUUGAACAGAUUGUGCAGCAGUGCCGAAACCAGAGACCAUGAUGACUGCACGAUAUGUUACUGCCGUCCAAUGUGGUGUAUAGAAUGUAUGGCGAAAUGGUUUGCCUCGAGACAAGAUGAGAAUGCGCCGGAAACGUGGUUGUCCUCCAAAUGUACCUGUCCUCUCUGCAGAGCACGAUUCUGCGUUCUAGAUGUGUGCUACGUGAGAAAUCCUAACAAUUAACAUCAAAAUAAUGGGCAUUAUUUUGAACUGUUCUUAUGAAAAAUAAUUGUUUGUAUCAAUUUUAAUACAAUUUUUUAAAAGAA